ACAAAACGGUGAACUUCCUGUUUGGAGAACGGUACGAUUAUUGCACGCAGUUGCCUUGACUUGAACGCUGAACAAGUAAGCUAAGUCCUUUUAUAUUUCCGAAAUCUGUUGGGUUGGGAUGCCGCUAUCUGAUAGAUCGAGUUCCGAUAGCGGUGGCGGGGCCCGAAGUCCGCGGACACGCAGACCGCGCUCUCGGAGUCGCAGUCGCAGUUACGACCGAGACCGAAGCUUGUCUCCGUACAGCUUCGGGCCCAAACUCCCGAAGCCCCGAAACAGGGAGCGUGAGCGAGAGGAACGGGAGCGUCGCUUCAAGGAGGCCAAAAACAUCAGACGGAUUCGAAUCGGCAGUCGCAGCAGGUCCCGGUCCAGAGAGCGGUACAGCGGCAGCGGCCAGAACCACAACCACUGGUCUGACCAGAGAGACACGUCGGGGAAACACAGAGACGAUUAUUACUAUGAGCAGCAAAGAGACGACGCUCAGAGACAACGGCAGGAGGCUUUCAUGGCCAGGCGACUUCAGGAGCGAGAGAGGAUCGGUGAGUUAGGCUGCCCAGAAGUGUGGGGCUAUUCACCCAGAGUGAAGGAACCAGACUCUGAUGAAUUCACUCCAGUGGAGGAGGACAAGAAGAACAGCAGCUCAGACUCCAGCUCUGACGAUGAAAAGAAAAGGAAAAAGAAGAAAAGGAAAUCCAAGAAACGCAAGCACAAAAAGCACUCAGAGGAAAGUGAAUCAGAAUCAGAAGAGGAAGAACUAAAGAAGAAGAAGAAAAAGAAGAAGAGUAAGAAGUCCAAGAAGUCGAAGAAGAAGAAGGCAAAGAAAAACCGGAAGGAGACCAGCGAGUCCAGUAGUGAAGAAUCAGAGGAAGAGGAGGAAGAUCCCAGCGAGGUGACGUGGGUGGAGAAAACCUGCAUGGAUGAACACGUGGUGGGACCUGAAGCUCCACUCACCCACUUGUCCCAGGACGAGAGGCCUCUGGACUUUGGUCACGCUCUGCUGCCGGGUGAAGGUGCUGCCAUGGCCGAGUACGUGAAAGCUGGCAAGCGUAUCCCCAGAAGAGGAGAGAUCGGACUGACCAGCGACGAGAUCGCCGACUUUGAGAAGUCUGGCUAUGUGAUGAGCGGCAGCAGACAUCGUCGCAUGGAAGCUGUGCGUCUGAGAAAGGAAAACCAGAUCUACAGUGCAGACGAAAAGAGGGCCCUGGCCUCUUUCAACCAGGAGGAGAGAAGGAAGAGGGAGAGCAAGAUCCUGUCCAGCUUCCGGGAGAUGGUCUACAGGAAGACCAAAGGCAAAGAGGAGAAGUGAGCCUGCAGUAUUGUGAAAGAUCGUUUCAUGAGGGGUCAACAAGGGCUUCUUCGCUUUCAGGAGUUUAUUUUAAAUCUCUCCAUUAUAUGUUAGGUCAAAUCAGACAAUGUGUCUAUGACUUGAGUUGGACCUGAAUCUCAUUGUGGCAUGGACUCAUGAAAACUGUAAAUAUUUGUUUGAGGAUGGACACUUGCUACUGUCAUUCUUUUAAAGGAUGCUUUUUUUUUUUUUAACUAGGAUCUUGUCUACAUUAAUAUUCCUGCCGGUAAAGCAUAUUGUCAUUUAACCAUGUUGUGAAUAAAUUUCAGUGUUCUCUAUGUAUAUGUU